GUUUUCUUGAUUAUUUUUAUAUAUUAUAAAUUUCUUUUUCAUCAUCGAUUUUAUUAAGAUUGAAUGCACAAAAUGACUUAUUAUUUUAAUACGAUAAACCCCUCGGGAAAACCUUAUAACGUGGUCAAUGUUAACACUAUUAACUCAAUUGACUCACUGACCAUUUAAUUCACCUCCCACUCUCGAGGACUCUGUUUACAUAGAAUUGUUCCCAUACUCUGUUUUUGCCCAUCACCCUUUUGUUAUGCUCUUCGAUGCAGAACAAGAACAUUUAUGGCGCCAAAUUGAACUUUUUCCUCCUCAUUGGGCCACCUUUUUUCACUAGUUCCAGGUUCUACUAUAUAAAGUCUCAAUUGGCACCUCAUUCACUCCCACAUUGUCCGGACGGGUGUCAAGAUAAGAGAUCCAGUGCGCGAGUGUUUUUUUUUUGUGUGACUUUGAACUCAAUCCUUGUUCCACUUUCGACCGUAGGGCUUUCACUCCUUUUGCGAUGUUCAAUCGCAUCGGAUUUGUGAUUUUGCUGUUCGUGGUUGUCAGUGAAUCCUUUGAAUUCCCUGACGAUAAUCCUGGUGAGAGCCCCAAUUACCCCAAUCCUCUGGAGAGUGUUGAUUUAAACCGCAAUGGGAAUGAUUUGGAUCCAGUCAAUUUCGAGCAGAGGCAAGGAGCAAUGCCUACUUUAGGACCAACUCUUGCUCCUGGAGGGGCCUUCCCUCCUGGUGGACAAGCUCCUCCUGGAGGAGCAUUUCCUCCCGGUGGACAGGCUCCGCCGGGUGGGCAAUUUCCUCCUGGUGGACAGGCCCCUCCCGGUGGACAAUUUCCUCCUGGUGGCCAGGCUCCUCCCGGAGGACAGUUUCCUCCUGGGGGGCAAAUACCAACCCUUCGGCCUAGCUUUCCUCAAACCCAAUUCCCACAGACUCCCUUCCCAUCUUUCCCACAGACUCAAUUCCCUUCAUUCCCUCCGCCAACUGGUCAGCGGACAUGCGUUUGCGUUCCCACCGGUCAGUGCCCACAGACUGGGAGUGUGGAUGGAAGUGGCAUAAUAGACAUUAGAAUUGUAACUGGCACUGGUGGGGGAAGUGGUGGACUCCCCAAUGGAGGAUCAGACAUUCCCACUAAUAUUGUUUCACCCACAACCUGUGCUCCAAGACUUCAGCUGUGUUGUCAAACUGGACCCUAUCAAUGCGGUAUGCGAUAUGCACCUGUUGCUGGCAGUCCUCCAGCAGGACCCGGACAAGCUCCGUAUGGUGCCUAUCCAUGGCAAGCAGUUCUCUUAUCGCCCGGAAAUGUGUAUGCGGGAUCUGGGGUUCUCAUUGACAAUCGUCACAUCCUCACGGCCGCCCACAGGGUCGUUAAUUUCUCAAGUCCCGCUUUAAUUGAGGUGCGAUUGGGUGAGUGGGAUGCAGCUUCGACGAGGGAACCCUUUCCAGCUCAGGAAUACCGCGUGGCACAGAUGUUUAUCCAUCCUGGGUUCAAUCCGCGCAAUUUGCAAAAUGAUGUGGCAGUUUUAAGACUAACAACUCCUGUGAAUUUGGGUUCGUCACCAGCAAUUACAACAGGAUGCCUCACAAGGACAUCCUUCGAUGGUUCACGUUGUUGGGUAUCUGGAUGGGGACGCAACGACUUUCUCAGUGGGACAUAUCAGGCAAUCCAAAAGCAGGUGGAUGUUCCCGUGAUUAACAACGCUCAGUGUCAAGUUCAGUUGCGUGCCACGCGUCUAGGGCCUACUUUCAUUCUUGACCCAACAAGCUUCACCUGCGCAGGAGGAGAACCUGGCAAAGAUGCCUGCACAGGAGAUGGGGGAUCUCCCCUGAUGUGCAAUAGAAAUGGGCGAUGGUACAUUGCUGGGUUAGUGGCUUGGGGUAUUGGUUGUGCUACAGGAGGAGUUCCUGGAGUUUACGUAGAUGUCAUGAACUACAUCCCCUGGAUACAGUCCGUAGUCAGGAUGUAAUGAUCGAUUGAUCAUAGAAAUUGAAGACCAUUUAGGAGUUUUUAAAAUUUAUUGUUAAUUUUUUUUCGGAAAUAACAGAAAGAGAAUGUUUAUAUUCUAA